CUUAGAGUGGUAGUCAAAUUGGAGAGAAAAGAAAUAUAGAAAUGUAAGCAGCUGUCAAAGGGGAGAAGAGGAGGAAUAGCGACCUGUUCUUUUUUGUCUUUCUACGAUCCGCCUCCGUCCCUUCUUUCUUCCCUUUGGUUUCGGAAGGCGAUUGUAGGAGGAGGAGAGUAGAGGAAGAAAAAGAACAAACAAAAGAAAAGAGGGAGACAGGGUAGACAGAGAUGGAGGAGCCCUGGAAGAGGUUUUCAAUUACGCAGCAAGACCAUGAUGUCUUCAUCGUCUAACGUUUUCCUAAAGCGCAAGGCGAUCCAAGCUGGCGUAACGUUAAUUGGACUGCCAUGAUGAUGAAGAAAGAGAGGGCAGCAUGGGAAUAGCGACACAACCGUCUCAGCUUCCCUUCUCCUACCUCAGCCCAACCAAGGUCCUUACGAGGCCGCAGCCCGGGCCUAAUUCGCCGACGACGUCUAUGUCCCAAGGCUUCCACCAAGGCAUCUUCAGCUUCUCCGAGGGCUUCGAUCGCUCUGCAAACCAGGAGCAGCAGCAUCACCACAUCGCGCAGCAAAGCAGGAGGGACAAGCUAAGGGUGCAAGGGUUCGAUGCCGCCGGACCCCCGCUAGUCCCGAUCGAGGAGCAAGGAGGGGAGCCAAGCAUCUACGAAUCCGCCGCUGUCGGUGCCGGCAACAUGUUGUCAGACAUGUUCAGUUUCCCGGCGCACGGACCAACGCCAAUCGACCUGCAUGCCAACCAGAUCUCGGGUAGUUAUCAUCUCCCGCCGAGGCAAACGGCCGUGACCGGCUUUUCCGGGGACUGGUACGGGCCGAACCGACAAGGGAACCAGCAGCAGCAUCAGGUGACGGGUUUGAACACCGAUCCAGCUGCUGCGAUGCAGCUAUUUCUCAUGAAUCCUCCACCGCAGCCGCCAUCACAGCAGCAGCAUCCAAGGUCUCCAUCUCCACCUCCACCUCCACCAGCUGCUGCCCCAACUCUCCACCAGCAACACCAUCCUCAUCAAGCCUUUCAAUCCUUUGGCGAGACUCCCUUUGGUGGGAGACUGGUAGAAGGCCAAGGGCUGUCGUUAUCGCUCUCUUCAUCUCUGCAGCACUUGGAGAUGGCCAAAGCUGAUGAUCUAAGAGUUAGAGAAGGUGGGUUGUACUUCAGCAACCAGCAGCAGCACCCUACGUUACAUUUGCAAGGCCAUGUUCAUGGCCAUGGUCAGCAGUUCCACAUGGGCUAUACCGGCACGGGUAUGGUGAGUGUAUUGAGGAACUCCAAGUAUGCAAAGGCGGCGCAGGAGCUACUGGAGGAGUUCUGCAGCGUGAUGAGCGGGCAAUCGAAAGGGAGUAGGGUAGGGAGGCACCGCGUCGGGUCAUCCAACAUUAACCGUAACCCUAGUAGCGGCGGCGGCGGCGUUGGAGGUGCGUCUGGUACGGCCGCUGCAUCUACCUCCUCUUCCAAGGAUGUCCCUCCCUUGUCUCCCGCUGACAGAUUUGAGCACCAGAGAAAGAAAACCAAGCUCAUCUCCAUGCUUGACGAGGUCGACAGAAGAUACAGCCACUACUGCGAUCAAAUGCAGAUGGUGGUGAAUUCCUUCGACUCGGUGAUGGGGUUUGGAGCUGCAACGCCCUACACAGCUCUAGCGCAGAAGGCUAUGUCGCGGCACUUCCGGUGCCUCAAGGAUGCAAUCGUCGCACAACUGAAGCAGACAUGCGAACUCCUAGGCGACAGAGAAGGUGCGAGCAGCUCGGGGAUCACCAAGGGAGACACCCCCAGGCUCCGGAUGCUCGACCAGAGCUUGCGGCAGCAGCAGGCCUUCAGUCAGAUGGGAAUGAUGGAGCAGGAAGCCUGGAGGCCUCAGCGCGGAUUGCCGGAGCGCUCCGUCAGCAUCCUGAGGGGUUGGCUCUUCGAGCACUUCCUUCACCCGUAUCCCAGUGAUGCAGAUAAGCAUUUGUUGGCGAGGCAGACAGGUUUAUCCAGAAAUCAGGUUUCCAACUGGUUCAUCAAUGCAAGGGUGAGGCUAUGGAAGCCAAUGGUGGAGGAGAUGUACCUGCAGGAGUCCAAGGAGGAGGAGGAGGGAACUGAGAAAGAAACAAACCAACAAAGAGCGCCAUCACCAAUGCAACAGCAGCAACAAAGCCAGAGACUGGGAACCAAUGCGGCGUCCGAGAGUGACGCCUCUCCCAGCACAUCCUCCAUCAGCCACCGCAAUCAUCGGUUCGCCUCCUCCUCCGACAACCCACCGCCGGGUCUGGGUGCGGCCCACCAGCCAAGCAGCGGAGUCGAUGACAGUGUCCUUGUCGGUGUAGGACAAAUCGGCGACGUGUACCGCUACUACGGGGCUGCCGCCACCUCUGAACUGGGCCCGGCUGCGCGAAUGCGACUGGGGGCCGCCGGAGACGUGUCGCUCACGCUCGGGCUACGGCAUGCCGGCGGCGGUACGUCCGAGAAGAGCCGGUUCUCAGUUAGGGACUUGGGCGGCUGUUAACACGAUCCAAAGCAAGUAUAAGAUUAGAUAAGAAGAUCCUACCUAGUUUUCAGCUUCUUGGACUGGACAAUUAGUGCAACAAAUAUAUAGCAAGAACAUAGAAAUCUAUGGUAUAGAAUUGUAUUGCAGGUUUUCCUCUCUUCCUUUCUCUUUGUAUACCUAUGAACACAUAUCGGUGUUGGGGGAUGAUUACAGGAAUACUGAUUGGUGA